AAACUGUAGGAUAGUCCUAGGCUAAUGUCGGCAAUUUGUGUUUUUCCAGAACUACCCGGAUGAGAGUGUAUUUAAUACAGAAAACGAACUGUCAAUUUCACCAGCAUAAAUCUAAAUUGAUCUAGUUAACAAUAAAAUGCAAGUGGACAGGGGCAAACCACCACCAGAUCAAGCAUAUUUAGCUCUCAAAGAUGUUCGACCAGGGAUGAAGAACUUGCACAUAAUGUUUAUUGUAUUAGAAGUUGGCAAAGCUACCCGAACAAAAGAAGGGCAUGAGGUGCGAUCAUGUAAAGUUGCUGACAAGACAGGCUCUAUAAAUCUGUCUGUGUGGGAUGAAGCUGCAUCUGUUAUACAGUCUGGAGACAUUUGUAAAUUUAUGAGAGGUUAUGCUCAAGUUUGGAAAGGGUGUUUAACUCUGUACACUGGCAAAAUAGGAGAAAUAUUAAAAAUUGGAGAGUUCUGUUUUAAUUUUAUAGAAGUUCCAAAUUUUAGUGACCCCAACCCAGAAUUUUUAAAAUUGGAAGCCAACCAAAGGAAAUCUCCGACAGAAGGGGAGCAGGUGCCAGGUAUAAAAAGUGAAGGCCAGAGUGGACCAGGCUCACAGUCUGCAGGCUCCAGACCUCAGAUGGUUCCAUCUUCUCAAGGAAAUGGUCAAAAUUACAAUCAACAGAGGGUUACACAAAGACCCCCUCUAGGCGGACCACCACGCAGCAUUCUAAAUGGCAACAACAGUGGAUCUAGUAAUAUGAACAACAAUAAUGUUCAGGUUUCCACUGGGGGAAUGGGGAGAGGGGGUAGGGGUGGUAUUAGGAGAUAG